AUGGCGGAGAGUGCUGUGAGCUUCUUAGUUGAAUACUUGGGAGCUUUGCUGGUGGAGGAAGCACAGUUGCUGAAGGGGGUCCAUGGAGAAGUCUGUGACAUCAGGGAUGAGUUAGACAGAAUUAAAUCCUUUUUAAGGGAUGCUGAUACAAGACAAGACACAGACCAAAGCCUCAAGACAUGGGUGAAACAAGUAAGAGAAAUCGCUUCUGAUGUCGAGGAUGUUCUCGACAAGUUCAUGCUCGGCAAAGCACAAGAGCAACACGAUUCUCAGGGAUGCAUCGACUUUCUUUAUAUACUCAUCAAGCAGUUCAUGGUGCAUCAUCAGACUGCAUCCUCAAUACAAGAUAUCAAAACCCGAAUCGGUAUGAUUACGGAGAGAAAAGACGCUUACGCUCUCAAUAGAAUAGAGCAAGGUUCAAGCUCCAAUAACAUGAGUGAUCAAUGGUAUGAUCCUCGAUUGAAUGCUCUUUUCAUUGAGGAAGCUCAUCUUGUGGGCAUCGACAUGCCGAGGAGGCAAUUGAUCAGAUGGUUAAUGAAUGGAGAUUCGAGACUCUCGACGAUUUCGGUGGUUGGUAUGGGUGGCCUAGGCAAGACCACUCUAGUAAAGAAAGUCUAUGAUAGCCAACAAGUGAAGAAAUGUUUUGAAACAUAUGCUUGGAUCACCGUCUCACAAUCAUUCAAACCAGUGGAUCUACUCAGAAACAUGAUAAAACAAUUCUCCGAGGCAAAGAAAGAUCAGUCUCCUGAAGGAGUAGAUGCGAUGACACAGGUCGAGCUAAUCCAAGUGCUACGGAGCUUCUUGCAGAACAAGAGGUAUGUGCUUGUGCUUGAUGAUGUAUGGGAGGUGCCUGUAUGGAAUUUCAUAAGCAAUGCAUUGCCCACUAGUGAAUAUGGUAGCUGGGUAAUGAUCACCACACGCAAAGGUGACGUUGCAUCAUCUUCUUGCAUUGGACCUUCCAAUCACAUCUACAACCUUCAGCCUCUGCAUCCAGAAAAUGCCUGGUCCCUCUUUUGCAGGAAGGCAUUCCAAUCAAAUGAGGAGAACAGUUGUCCUCAGGAAUUGGAGAAGCUUUCUCGAAGUUUCGUAAAAGAAUGUCAAGGACUACCUCUUGCAAUUGUCACAUUAGGUAGUCUUUUGUCAAUGAAGGGAAAGACGUAUGUUGAGUGGGAGAUGAUUCACCGUAGCCUUGGAUCAGAGCUUGAAAGUGAUGACAAUCUUAGAAGCAUGACAAAAAUAUUAUUACUCAGUUUCAAUGACUUGCCUUACUACCUGAAAUCAUGCUUCUUGUAUUUGAGUAUAUUUCCAGAAGAUUAUGCCAUUAAGCGUAUGAAACUAAUUCGGCUAUGGAUAGCUGAGGGUUUUGUCGAAAGAAAUGAAGGCAGGUCAAUGGAAGAGGUUGCUGAAGGCUACCUCAAUGUGCUCAUCACUAGAAAUGUUGCUCUAGUGACAGAACGGAAAUCUUAUGGCAAGGUAAUCACUUGUCAAAUCCACGAUCUUGUGCGGGAGAUGAUUAUUCCAAAAUUCAGGGAGGAGCACUUCUUUGCAUCUUCUGUUGAAGAGAACAUGAACAGAAUCCGGCAUCUGUCGAUUUGCAACGAUGGUGAGAAUUUUCCAAAAUUUGAUACCUUCACCCGUCUUCACUCUGUUCAUUUUUGGGGUGGAUGGGCUAUUCAAAACUCCUGCAAUCACAUCGUUUGCUAG